AAGAACCGCAUCAGUAAGCACUCCAAGGGUUCAAACAAACAGCAAAAAUAGGAAGUUCAGAGUCUGAGCGUCACACUCCAACUUCAGAGCGUUCAGGACUGUGUCUGCUCCCUGGAAGGAGGCAUAUGGGGUGUGGAAGCCCGCAGAGGGCAAAAGGUGCAGGAGAUACCCCAGCUUCAUUGUUUCCCAGAGGGAUCCAUUCCAGUUUUGGACAGCCAUGGUCAAUGCUGAUUCCUGUAUGUGUAAAGGCGCUCCAGCUGCCAGAGAGUGAGAACUGAGGGGGUCAGCAAUCCACCUGCUGUGAGGCAGCUGUCCCACCGGCAGCUCUUGGCUCAGGUGACAAGGAGUUAACAAGUGUGAGUGCAAGAACCUCAGGCCGGUGACCAGCCCAGAGCACAGGGAGCAGGACUGAACUGGUGGGCUCAGGCUGGUAUGAACAUGAAGGCAUUCUGCAGUGCUCUUCUGGCUCUGUGUUGGGCUUUCAGAGUUGGAGAAUCGCGAGAGAGCCUCCCGAUGCAGAGCCUGCGCUGCUACAAUGACUACACGUCCCAGCUGACCUGCACAUGGCAGGAAUGCACAGCAGCACGACGCUUCCUCAAUGUGACUCUUUACCAUGAGGACAAUUUAAACAAUAACAGCACACAGAUGCCAUGUGAGCCUCAGCGAACCAAGAGGUUGCCUGACUGCCAGGACUCCUGUGUCUCCUGGAGCUGCCACAGGAACAGCACCCUUUUUGCAAUUGGGGUGCACGACAGAUACACUUUCAAACCCGAUCAGUUGCUGCAGGCCGAGCUGAACGUCAGCCUCUUCCAGAAUGUCCAGCCCUUCCCGCCUCAGAAGCUCUGGAUCAACGUCACAGAAGCAGGUGACUUCUUGCUGGCCUGGGAAGCAGCAGAAGGGAGUAAGGGAAACCACUGGGUGCAUGAUGAAUUGGAGUUUGAAGUGACCUACAGGAGGGAAUGGGAAUCCUGGGAGAACUCUUCUUCGGUGUCAGUCGCAAACUCCUCCCAUUGCCUGCUGAGGCGUGAUGCCCUUGUGCCGGGCAGCACCUAUGUAGCUCGUGUGCGAUCCAAGCCGAGCCAGGGCGCUGGUUGGUCUGGGCAGUCCAGCGAAUGGAGCACUGCCGUGUCCUGGAAGUCCCAGGAAGGGGAUGAGGCUCAGCCCAAGAACCUUCGCUGCCUCUUCAAUGGGGUUGAUCGGCUAACGUGCAGCUGGGAAGUGAGGAGAGAGGUCACCAGCUCUGUCUUGUUCACACUCUUCUACAGAACCCCACCGUCAUCAGAAGAGACAGAAUGCUCUCCAGUCCAUGAGGAGGAAUUGCCUGGCAGCCACUACCUGUUCCACAGCUGUGAGAUCAAUGUCACCAACCCCAGCAGGCUGAGCCAGUACCUCAUAACUGUCCGGCCCAAGAAGGAGGAGAAACUGAUUAACGCCUACAAAAACAUCAAGCCACUUGCACCUGUCAACGUGACAAUGACAAAGACGAACCAGAAGUAUGAGCUGAGAUGGACAAAACAGAUCCUAAGCUGGCAUAUAGGCCAGAGAUAUGAAUUCUUGUAUUGGAAGACUGGUGACUUCAUAGAGAAUGCCCAGCUUGUAAACAUCAGCAAUGACAAGCCUCCCUUCAUCUUCACCCUGCAGAUGCUGGAGCCCUCCACACACUAUAGGGGAAAAAUGCGGGCGAGGGUGCACUUGGACAGCUACAAUGGGCUCUGGAGCGAGUGGAGUGAGGAGUGCACCUGGGAAACUGAGAGUGGUACAUCCCAGUUGGGCUAGUGGCUUGGGGCUUUGGGGGAGGGGGUCAGUUCCCUCCCUAGAUAAACGGGUCCCUUAGCUGGGGUUUAUGGGGAACCAGGGUUUCAUACAGUUAAUUGAGCAAAGAGACUGACCAGGGUCCCCUUGGUACCUGGCUGCAUGCUUCAGAUCACAGAGAAGGAGUAUAAUUGGCUUAUCUGAACGGGAGUCCAGGGCUGCCAUUCUCCAUGGGAGCCAGAAAACUAUAUGCAAAUCAGGGGCUGGAAGUGGAUGCACUAGGUGAGGAGGGAAGGGGGGCCUCCACAAGCAGGAUUAGAGGCAUGAACUACCUACACUGUCGUAUAGCAGUUUUAGUUCCAUGAUUCCCAGGAAAAUUAGGGAGGUGUGACAUUCCCCUCUGGUGUUAUAUAGACCGGUGAUCUGCUAGGUCACUCCAAUCUUUGACUCUGGGAGCCAGC